AUGUCUGAUCUCUGUCCCGUCUACGCGCCAUUCUUCGGCGCCAUGGGAUGCACAUCCGCCAUCGUCUUCACCUGUUUCGGUGCUGCUUACGGAACUGCUAAGUCUGGUGUUGGUAUUUGCGCAAUGGGUGUUCUCCGACCCGAUUUGAUCGUCAAGAACAUUGUUCCCGUUAUUAUGGCUGGUAUUAUCGGUAUUUACGGUCUCGUUGUUUCAGUCUUGAUUUCCGAUGGGCUUAAACAAAACCUCGCAUUAUAUACUGGUUUCAUUCAACUUGGUGCUGGUCUCAGUGUCGGUCUCGCUGGUUUGGCUGCUGGUUUCGCUAUUGGUAUUGUUGGUGAUGCAGGUGUGAGAGGAACAGCACAACAACCACGUCUUUUCGUCGGAAUGAUUCUGAUUUUGAUUUUCGCUGAAGUUUUAGGUCUUUACGGAUUGAUUGUUGCUCUUCUCAUGAACUCCAAGGCUUCUCUAGAUGUUACAUGCAAUUAA